AUGUCAAAUAUAGAGUACGAUACUCGCGCAACUGCGCUUCUUACAGAACACCUCGGUUUUGCUCCCAUAAAAGUCGUUGACGAAGUGAUCAACGCCGUCAAUCAAAUCAUGGUUCAAGGCAUAGAAGCACUUGAGAACUACCUAACCAACGUCCACGCCCAGGGCCAACUACCGGAUACCAUAACCCACGACGAGAUUCUUGCGGGCACUGCCAAAUUAGAAUCACUACUUCAAUAUCGUAUAGACUUCGCAUUUGAUAAAUAUGAAUUGUAUUGCUUGACAAAUAUUUUCCAUGUUCCUCGGGACUUGAUAACUGAUGGCUGGUUUCGAUUGCGAGCGCAUGAAGGGAUUGAUUUCAUGCAGUUGUUAGAGAAUCCGAUGGCGAAGCUGGAGUAUGAUGAUGAGAUUUUGAAAAUGAAUGAUUUGAUACGGCAGGAGUUGUAUAAGCGGCGGUAUUACAAGUUGCAAUUGGUCACUUUUGAUAAGAUUAGGGAGUACCUUGAAUUAGUCCUGGAUAAGUUUGGUAAAUUGUAUGAAAUGAGGGGGGAGACAAUGGGGAAUGGAAGUGAGGAUGAUAAUGGGGAAGCAGUGGGGGGGACUUCAGCAAGAGAAAUUCUUACGAAAUUGAACCCUAUUGAUCUAACGUUGGCUGAAAUGAUUUUGCAAUUGAAAGACGUGAUUAAACAAGUUGAGAUUGCUAAAGGCAAACUCAGCACUGUUGAAUUGAAAAAAGUCACUUUUGAUCAUGGAGAUGAGUAUGUGGAGAAACGAGGUGUACGUAUUUUGAAAGAUUUGCGUAUUAUAGCAAGCAAUGAGUUGAAUCGACUAAAGGAUCUGGAAGUAGGAGGGCACGAUGCUGGUGAUAAUACUGAUAUCAACAUGUUUGAGAAUAUCCCCGAUUGGGACAUUGUGAAUCAGGAAGUUAAUGAAGCUAAGGAAUCACGAAUAGGAGUAGAUACUCGUGUCGAUGAGAAAUAG